ACAUAAGCACAUUAUUUUGCUGGAUAUGCAUGUUUUCAGUACUGUGUUCCAGUAAUUAUAUUCACAGGUAAUGAUACUCUCACUUACAGUAACACUAAUUACACAAGUGUGUAAAAAAAAGUGUAUACUAAUGAUAAUUGGUGGGUUUUCACUACAAACCAACAACAAAAAAGGCACAAUGUUUUGACAAAAGCUACAGCAAUUUCUGUCAUUUUGGGCCAUGAAGAUCAUACACUUACUCUUGACAUUAUAUUUACAGUCAGACACCACAUUUCUGUCUCUUUCAGAGAUCUCUGCUGGUCCAGAUGAUCCAGUGAUCCGGGUUCUUCUGAUGGGCAGGAAGGGUUCUGGGAAAAGCUCAUCUGGAAACACUAUACUGGGAGAAAAGAGGUUUAAAAUAUACAAACAGAAAAAGAAACAUGAGUCUGAAGUGUGUGAGGAAGUAAAUCAGACCGGAGAGAAGCAGGUGUGUGUGAUUGAUUGCCCAGAUCUACUGGAUCCAGAUCUGUAUAAAGAGAAGCUGGAGAAGAUGAAGGAUCAGCUGGUCUCUCGAUGUUCAUCAGGUCUCAGUGCAGUUCUGCUCACCGUUCCUGUAGAGGAACCUGUAGAAAACGAGGAGGAGAUCCUGGAUUAUAUUAAAGGUUUAUUAGGUCCUGAAGUUCAGAAGUACAUCAUGAUUCUGUUCACACACGGAGAUGAGCUGGAGGAUCUGGAUCAGACCAUUGAGGAACAUCUACAAGAUCAUGAGGAUCUCCAGCGACUGGUGACUGAAUGUGGAGGAAAGUUUCACUGUUUCAAUAACAAGAGUAAACAUGGUGAUCAAGUCCCAGAACUGCUGCAGAAGAUUGAAGGAAUGAUGACGGAGAACGGUGGGAAAUUUAUCAUGGAACAGAUGAAGAAGAGCUGCAGCAAGGAGAUUGUAAUCAAUUUUUCAGGAGAAAGUUCAACAGCUGGAGGUGAGCAUCAGAUCCCUGAGAGGAAAGACCAGAUCCGACUGGUUCUGCUGGGAAAAACUGGAUGUGGGAAAAGUGCCACUGGAAACACCAUCAUCGGCAGAAAAGUGUUUGAAUCCUCCGUCAGCUCGGACUCUCAGACGAAACAGUGUCAGGCAGAAACUACAGUGAGGUUUGGUAAAGAGAUCUCAGUGAUCGACACUCCUGGACUUUUUGAUACUGAACUCCGUAAUGAGGAGGUUAUUACUGAAAUAGUGAAAUGCAUAAUGCAUGCUUCUCCUGGACCACAUGCUUUUCUUAUCGUCAUUAAAGUGGAUCGAUUCACUGACGAAGAGAAAAACACAGUAAAGAUGCUCAAAAAAGUGUUUGGAGAAGAGAUGGAAAAAUACACAUUAAUCCUCUUUACUCACAAAGAACAGUUAAAGGAGGAGAACAAAACCAUAGAGCAGUUUCUGCAGAGAGGUAAUCCAGGUCUUAAACAACUUGUAGAGAGUUGUGGAAACCGGUUCUUCUCUAUAGAUAAUAAGUCUGCCAGUUUCCCUCAGUUCAGAGAUCUGAUGAGUAAAGUAGAGAAGAUGGUGGAAGAGAAUGGAGGGACACACUUCACCAAUGACAUGUUUAAGGAGACAGAGAAACAGAUCCAGGAGAUUCAGAAGCAGAAGUUAGAUGAGAAAGUGAAGCUGUACAAACAGGAGCAUAAAGACGUUCCUGAAACAAAAUGGCAGAAAAUAUACAGGCGUUUAGUAGAGGAGUCGCGACAUGAAGCUAAGCUGGCUUUAAUUAAUCACAUCUGUGUAAGAGCUGUUAUCGUAAUAUUUGGGGUAACAGUGGCCUAUGCAGUGGCAAUGAGUGACAUACAGCAGGCUCAGAGUCUAGCAAUCAGUGGUGGAAAGGCAUUACUCCUUGCACUCAGAGCUACACGUCAACUAGUGAGAGAGAAGAUGUGUGUGAUUCAGUGAGAGGUUCAGUAAUGCUCAGAUAAAUGAGCGCUUGACAUCUAGACAUGCUUCAACUGAACUCAAUACUUUUAUUCUAACUAAUGACUUUUGUUCUUGUUGAUAAACUGAAGUGGAUAAACUGAAACCAUCUGUGAAAUAUACUGUACACAUGUACAAGAAACCUACCAG